CCCAUCCCGUCCCCAUGCCGUAGAAUCCAAAAUCCGCGAAAGCGUCAAAUUUCUUCCAAACUUUUCUCCCUCCGUCUCCUUCUCUCUCCGUAUCUUCUGUAAUUUUCGCGGUGUGGCUGUAACCACAACGAAUUUCAUCCUCCUUUGAUUAAUUUUUGGUUUUUUUUGUUUGAAUCACCGGUUUGCGAAUCUACUCCUCGACCUUCUGGUUGGGCGAAUUGGAAGCACGUCGUCCCUUGAUCUCUGGUGCGAGGUUACUUAUUUAUUCCUGCAAUCUGGUGGGAUGGAUUUCCUACAGGCUUGGUGAAAGGGUGAAAGGUCGGAGGAUAUCUGGAUUGCCAGGGUUCAGGGCGAGAAAUCGAGGGCCUAGCCUUUACUGAUUUCUCUCUUCCGGAGAUUGUAUAUUUGAAGCGUUAAUUGGGCUUGAGGUUCAACUAUGCCGGCUUUGAAUCGCAGCUGGAUCAUCUUCAUCAAUUGUUUGCUUCAUUUUGCUGAAUGGCAUCCUCUGGAGUAGCGUAGCUGCUGGGGCCACCGCAGCCCACCUCAGAAAUUCCAUUACACAAGUUUCAGGUGGUACAGAGUUUGUUAUUUCUUUUACACUUUGAAUUGCUGGUUAGAGAGUUUCAGUAUUUCUGAUGUUUGAUAAGAGGAGUUCGAUUGAGAAGGUGACGGAGAUGGCCUGCUGUGGGUGUUUUGGCUUCUCAUUUAUUAGAAAUGCCAAAAAGGUAAAUGGGUCAAGAGGGCUUAUGAACAACACCACUUGUCGGGAUUCCUUAUUGGAGGAUGAUGAUAUCGAAGAUGAUGAUCAGGAUGAUAAUUUUUUUGACGAUAGUAUGAUCGAAACUGGGAAUGUGGAUCAUUUUGAGUAUCAAAGCCCAACAAAGCGAGCUGAGGAGCUUCUCAUGUAUAGAAUACAAAAUGGUUUGAUAUGCAGGGAGCUUCCUGUUAAAGAAACCCACACUCUCAUUCGCUCAGAGGAUGAAAAUGGGAAAAAGACUGUCAAUGAAUAUGUUCGUGAGUGCAAGAUUGGUGCUGGUAGCUAUGGAAAAGUGGCUCUCUAUCGAAGCCAAAUAGAUGGAAAACAAUAUGCAAUCAAGGCCUUUCACAAAUCACACCUAUUGAAGCUCCGGGUUGCUCCUUCAGAAACAGCAAUGACCGAUGUUAUUCGCGAGAUUUUAAUCAUGAGAGUAUUGAGUCAUCCAAAUAUUGUCAACCUUGUCGAGGUUAUUGAUGACCCAACAACAGAUCACUUGUAUAUGGUUAUGGAAUAUGUGGAGGGGAAAUGGGCCUAUCAGAGCACUGAGCCGCCAGGUGGUCUAGGAGAAACCACUAUCCGGAAGUACUUACAUGACGUAGUUUCUGGUUUAAUGUAUCUUCAUGAUCAUCAUAUAGUGCAUGGAGAUAUAAAACCCGAUAAUUUGUUGGUUACUGCUUCAGGCACGGUCAAGAUUGGUGACUUUAGUGUCAGCCAAGUUUUUGAGGAUGACAAUGACGAGCUUCGUCGCUCUCCUGGAACUCCCGUGUUUACUGCACCAGAGUGCUGCUUAGGUCUAACCUAUCGCGGGAAAGCUGCGGACACUUGGGCCCUUGGCGUCACCUUGUACUAUAUGGUUUUUGGUAAUUACCCAUUUAUUGGAGAAACCCUUCAGGAUACCUAUGAAAAGAUAGUUAAUAACCCGUUGUUACUUCCCGGUGACAUAAACCCCCUCUUGAAGGACUUGCUCGAGGGCCUUCUAUGCAAAGAUCCGAAGCAAAGAAUGAGUCUGGAGGACAUUGCACACCAUUCUUGGGUGGUCGAAGAAGAAGGGCCGAUUCUCCAGUACUCGUGCUGGUGCAAGCGAAGUGCGCUGCUGCUGCUGCAGUGAAGACACUGCACUGCACAGACAAAUAAGUAUUGCUCGACUUGACGGGGCGUCGAAGAAAGUAAGUUUCCAAUGAGGUUUCUUGCAGCUCUACUUUUGUGCUCUGAUGCUUGAAUAUCUCUUUCUUGCUCUACUUAUAUAAUUUGCACCCGAUUGAGGUUAAUACUUUGUGAUUCUUCUCCUACUGUGAUGUUUACUAUCAUAUAUUAAUACAUAUAUACACAUGCUUUGUCCUAUCCUUUGGGGGGUGUGGUUAUUUUAUUUUUAAUAUUAUUCUUCUUCUUUAGCCACA